AUGGCCAACGGGGGACAUCCUCAACAGAUGGCCAACGGGGGACCUCCUCCAACCAGAUGGCCAACGGGGGACCUCCUCAACAGAUGGCCAACGGGGUCCUCCUCAAACAGAUGGCCAACGGGUGACCAUACUCAACAGAUGGCCCGGGGUCCUCCUCAACAGAUGUCCAACGGGGACCUCCCCAACAGAUGGCCAACGGGGACCUCCUCAACAGAUGGCCAACGGGGGUCCUACCUCAACAGAUGGCCAACGGGGACCUCUCCCAACAGACGGCCAACGGGGGUCCUCCUCAACAGAUGGCCAACGGGGGACCUCCUCGAACAGAUGGCCAACGGGGGACCUCCUCAACAGAUGGCCAACGGGGGACACCCCCCUUCCUCACAGAUGGCCAACGGGGACCUCCCAACGAUGGCCAACGGGACCUCCUCAACAGAUGGCCAACGGGGGACCUCCUCAACAGAUGCCAACGGGGGACCUCCUCAACAGUGGCCAACUGGGGACCUGCCUCAACAGAUGGCCAACGGGGGACCACCUCAACAGAUGGCCAACGGGGGACCUCCCCAACAGAUGGCCAACGGGGACCCUCCUCAACAGAUGGCCAACGGGACAUCCCAACAGAUGGCCAACGGGAGGACCUCCUCAACAGAUGGCCAACGGGGGACCUCCUCAAACAGAGCCAACGGGGGACCUCCUCAACAGAUAGCCAACGGGGACCUCCCCAACAGAGCCAACGGGGGACCUCCUCAACAGAUGGCCAACGGGACGGAACCUCCUCAACAGAUGCCAACGGGACCUCCUCAACAGAUGGCCAACGGGACCUCUUCAACAGAUGGCCAACGGGGGAACCCUCUUCAACAGAUGGCCAACGGGGACCUCCUCUAA